AUGACUAAGAAAGGCAACCUUCAUGUUGUAGAGGAACUGUACAACCAAAUACCAGAAUUUACUGAUGUAUUUUCUGAAGAUACAUUCUAUGUAUUUGUUGUGUGUUUUGUUCUGUCUACAGUACUAGUAGCUUUUAUUCUGUCUAGAUUUAUAACUAUAAAACCUGUAGAGUAGAUCCAUAGAUGUUGUUUGUUAAAAAUUAAAUUGAACAUAAAACA